CAUAUGUUCAAACGUUGCGCGUGAGUCAUACGUACACAUGUAUGUACAAUACAUCUGUAACCAAAUAUCUAAUUUUAGAUAAUCGCGGCUUAUUUUUUGAAGAUAUUUUUUUGAGAUUGAAGAACAAACUAAGAAAAAAGCUAUAAUAAUACGGUAGCAGUUUAAUCCACAAGAAGAUACACAGAAGAUGACAAAUAAAUCUCUCGGUGUGUGUUAGGUCCGAAUAUUUAGUGUUUUUGUUGUUUUUGACAAUCUUUGCGCGCUCGAACAUUCGUGAAUGAAUCAACGUGUCCGUGUACAAAUGUGUUUGUGUGACGUCAUAGCUACAUACACACAUAUCUAUCAUCCGGUUGUACUGGCUGUAGCUUUCAUCCCCGCGAGAAGGGUGGCGAUCCAUGAGGUGGCGCGUGCGCAAUGCCCCGUUGACGUCGCGACAUGUCGAAGUUACGGCGCCAGCCGAGAAGCGCAAGCAGGAAACCAGGCCUGAGGAGCCAAAAAGAUUCGGUUCUUCUCCUCGUCACUGUCUGUGUUCCUAAAGAUGCGAGAGAAGCAGUGACAACCGGGAUGAAACGACCGAAAGAAGCCAUGGAAACCAUUCGAAAACGUCAGUUCUCUUCGUUUACCAGAUGAGCAGCCGCCGCCACUGCGCGGAUCUUCCAUCAUCCACAAUUCACAUCGUGUAAUUUUGUAAUUUUCAUUCCGUGUGCACUUCUCGGAGAGAUUCCCGGCUCUCUUUCUUCCCAUCGGCGGCAAGAAAAAAAGAGAAAGAGAAGAAAGAAGAAAAGCGCAAGCAAGGAAAGGAGCAUUUUUUUGCUCCAUUCUCUCUCGUUUUGUGCUCCGUUCCGAUUGAUCGAUAGUAGCACUGACCUGCGUCCGGAUAAUUAAGUCACACGCAAUUAAUCACGACCUAAAUAACGUGAGAUUUGUAUUACCACCUAUAAGGAAGAGCGAAAGAAGAAGGAAAGAGACGAGGAAAAGUUUUGCCGAAAGGCCGGAGAGAAUCUUUCUCAGACGUAUGAGAUUUCGUUUGUAUGCCUUGGCCCACGUCCACGUAUAUGAUGAAAUUGCAGCUGCUCGUUAUCGAGACGGACUAUUGCUGGAGGAAAGCGUUGCUUAGGAUGGUAUUGGACCCCAAAGCCACUAGUUUGCAUAGCGAUUACGGAAGCUUCGAUCGGCCAUUGGGCGCUGGGGAGGGUCACGAAAGGGACGUUGAGGCGGCAGUUGAUGGAAGCAGCAGCGGGAUGGCACAGUCCAGCGACGUUUACCAACGGCAGCCGCUGUUGCCCGGCGCGCCGUUAUCCAAGAGCAAAGACAAGUGGUCCGGAGUGGCCUCGGGAUCGGAUUACUACGAGGAUGACGAGGACGAAAAGGACAUCGAGACCCUGGGCAGACACCCCGGUUUACCAAAUGGUUCCGGAAGCGGCAUCGUCAAGAUCGACAUACCGGCGCCACUUCGCGAAGAGCCGCGCUUCCCCAAAGAAAAGUGGAAAACGUUCCUUGCGUUUCUCUUUAUGGUCGUGAACUUCAUACUAACCACGGCUUCCCUCGCGAUGGUGCACGAGCGCGUUCCAGAUAGAAAUACGUAUGGACCGCUUCCCGACAUAGUCUUAGACAACGUUGCCGCUCAGGAUUGGGCGCUCAAUGUUUCGGAGGUUCUUAUCAUGAUUAUGUCCAAUUCCGCAAUGUUUAUCAUUAUAUUCCAUAAGCAUAGAUUUAUAGUAGUCAGACGAAUUUUUCUUAUAAUGGGAUUACUCUACAUGAUGAGGAGCAUCACGAUGUAUGUGACGGUCUUACCGAUCGCCAGUAAGACUUAUUACUGCAGCCCGAAGGCAAACAACACCAGUCCGCUUCUCGUGACACAGAGGGUCCUGCAGCUAAUUUCCGGCUUUGGUUUAUCCAUCAACGGCAAACACACUUAUUGCGGGGAUUACAUUUACAGCGGGCAUACGGUCGUGCUCGUGCUCAGUUACCUGAUCAUUAAGGAAUAUUCUCCUAGGCGGUGUCUACCAAUCCAUUGGUUAGCAGGUCUAUCGGUAUUUGUCGGAGUGAUUAUGGUCCUGGUAGCUCACGGCCAUUACACCGUUGAUGUACUUAUAGCGUACUACGUUACUACACGCGUGUGGUAUAUUUAUCACACGUUAGCCAACAACUCGAAUCUUAAGCAAUAUGGACCAAAUAACUUUUUGGCCCGGCUCUGGUGGUUCUCCAUUUUUAAAUAUUUCGAGAAGAAUAUAGGCGGUCCGGUGCCACGACAAUACGACUGGCCUCUACCCUGGCCUCGACGGUUUCUUGCCAAACACCCUAAUCGAGAUAGUUAAUACUUGUGCUAACUUCACGAUAGAGGCUGUUAAAAACAAAUGAGUUACUCUUUUGUGUUGUAUAUAUUAUAUACAUACAUAUAUACAUAUAAAAAACACCUACACAUGUAUGUAUGCAUAUAUAUAUAUAUGUAUAUAUGAAAGUUUGUUAACAUGUGGAGGUCAACCUCUGGUAAAAAAGAAAGAUAUGUGAGACGUACGAUCGUAGAGUGACACACAUUUAUUGUGGAAUAUGAUGCUUUGUGUCGUUCACUUCUUCUCAAUCCAUCGGUGAAACAACUCGACGCAAUACUCGUGCUCUCCUUCAUGUAAAAAGUUAUAGUCCAGCCAAAAUUUACUUUUUUGCUUGAUUUUUUAUACGAUUUAUACAUACAAUAUAAAAAAAAAAGAAUAAGUAGAGAACGACGAAUGAAACUUACAUUAGCAGAUAUGUCAUAAGAAGAUUCGACUGGAGGAAGAUUUUAUAGAGUCAGUAUAUGUACGAUAUAAUGGUGAAUUAAACACAACGCGUUUAUAUUUUCAAAUAGCACAACAAAUCGAAAGUAAUAUGGUAAAUAAGUAAGACAAAUUAAAUGUGUGAUCUCUCUCUUCUAGAAACUCGAGCAAAACUCUGCAUUGUGAAAAGUAUUUAUAUACACAUAUACACAUAUAUAAUCGUCAGAUUAGAUUUUUUAAAUAAAUCUACCAAACAAAAAUUCAAGUCUUUCCUCCAGACGGAUCUCUUUCAGAUCAAAUUCUAACGUCUUGACUUCCAGUACAUAAAAGUCGUUAUUUUUUUGAUUCUGCAUUCGCGACACGAAUUAUUCCGAUGAAAAACGAUAUUGCAAAUUGAAAAAUUUGCCAAAAAUACACAUUAGAAACUCGCGCGAUAUAUAAAUAUCCUCAUCAUGUCACUUCAUUUUCUAUCAUCUACAGAAACUUUACAUUUCCACGCUUCGUUCUAUGUAUAUAGAAAGAAAUAGCCGAUAUCAAGUAUUAGAGGCGAUUGUGCGAUUUCGUGGGACCAAAAUGGGGCGCUCAAUAAUAAAUGUUAGUUUAUAAUAGCAUUGACAAACCAAAAUGCAGACAUACCGAGUCGCGAGGUGGCAUGAUCUCCAUUACGUAUGAAUUAUUAUUGUAAUAAUAAUCAGUGUUGAUAAAGACUUAAUAAUAUUACCAAGGAUUAUGUGUCUUGAUUAGAUUAUGUGGUAUCUGUAUUGUGGAUGGAAUUCGAACCUAUUAUCUGCCAUGUGCAUUAUCGUCGCUUCAAACACAUCUGUCGCAGAUUUUAGAUGAGUUUACCGAAAGUGAAAUGAAUGUUUCUCAACCACACGCAUCAUAAUCAAGUUUUCGAGGAGAUUUUAACUUUAUUCUUCCAACUUCUAUUUGAAUGUCGUACGAAAGUAUCAUAUUUAGAAUAAUAAAAAACGAAAAACAAUGUGAACAAAAACAAAAAAACAAAAAAAAAAGAAAGUAUUCGAAAUACAUGCCGUAUUCGUGUUUUUCACGGAAUAAGGUCGUUGUACGCGUACGUGCAUACACCGGAUGUUGUCAUAUACAAUAUAUGUGUGAAGACGAUGUAAUCAAGAAUCGUGCGAUACGUAAGAUAGCGAUUUUUGCAUAAAGAAGUCGAUGAGUAAUCAUUUUUUUUCGCACGAUUCUUCCUUUGUUCUUCUCGCGUCUCAUGGUUUUAAUACGAUUCCUUGCGUCUCUUGCCCCUCCACCCUAACUUCCUUUCUUACAAAUGAUAAACAAGGAAGAUAUUGUAACUAAUAAUUUAGUGAUGAUGAGAACGUCACAAUUCUUCAAACACUCGCAGAGACGCGAAGAUAUUGUGAAUCUCAGAUAAUGAUGUACAAGUAAACACAGUGUAAACGACCGUUCGAGCGUCCGAUGAAAGUCUGUCUGUACGUAUGUGCGCGCGUGUAUGCGAGCGCAUUUAUAUGUGCCGUGUGUGUAUGUGUGCGCGUGUGUGUGUAUAGAAAUACUGGAUAAAAUGCUUUAUUAUAAUUUAAAUUAUAGUAAAUAUGACUUGUUAUAUUCUGUCCGCGCGUGGUUUUUUGUUGAAUCUCUAUAAGUACGAAACGCACUUACAAUUUCCCAUCAUUAUUCGACGAGUUUCUUUGUUUGAUUUUGUGGUACAUAGAUCAGAUAAUAAAUUUCAUAUAACAAAUCCACGGCAAAACUUUUACUUGCAAAACUUUUUAUACUACUUGUCAUUUUUGAUUCAAUAAUUUCGAGAAAAACGUCCAACUUGUGGACGAAGCUGAUUCGUUGUUCUUCUUCUGAAAUUAUUUUUCAAUUGCAAAAUUGAAGAAAGGAAGAUAUAACGGAAGAAAUGAUAAAGAAGAAAAACGCGAUAAUACUGUUAGUAGCGUAAUUAACUCUUUUCUGUCUGUGAUGAUAAAUAAAAAAAAACAAAAAAAGAAGAAAUCGUCGUUGCGAUCUCGCGGUUGUAAACUAACUGUAGAGUAGCGAUUGACACCGCGGAUCCGAAUUUUGAACGAUGUAUCUCUUGUGGCCACCUGAUAUUUCUUCUUUAUAUUCAGAUCAUAGAUGCGUGUAACUCUGUUGAACAUAUAUUUUAAUAACAUCAAUGUGGUUUUCGUGAUAAAAAAAAAACUUUAGCUGGCGUUUGCACAGCGCAUUCAAGUUGUAACGGAUGAGACCGUAUUUAGCGGUAUAUUUUUGAAAUAUGCGCACGAUGUGUAUAAAAAUAAAAAAAUUAAAAAAACUUAAACAAAUAAAAACGCGAAAGAUAUGAUUGUCAGAUAGCGAAGAUGAAAAUCGCGAACUCGUUUUUUUGUGACUUUCAUCUUGCGCACAGAGAUUCGCAUUCUCAAAAACUGAUUAGACAAAUGUAAGUAAAAGGACUAAACAAACCUAAAACUCAAAUUUGUUUAAUAGAUGUGUGUAUUCUACCGAGAUGCGAACUGAGAUGAAUAUGCCUUGCACGUUUUAUCUACGUAUCUAUCGAUUAUCUACGUGUAUACGCGUGUAAUGUAUAUUUGCGAUUCUAUUGUCGCCCAUCAGGGGGCAGAUGCGCUUUAAAUGAGGCAAAAAAAAAAAAAAUAUUUCGAUGUGUAGAGCUUAGAUUGGACCGACGUUUAUGAGAUGAAUGAAUAUUUUAGAUUUACCAGAUAGAACUAUGUGAAAAAAAAAAGAAAAGAAGGUAUGAGCCAAA